AUGCGCCGACCACCACAUCUCCGCCACCUCCACGAGCCGACCACCCUCCACGUCUCUGACGCCCAACACGCGCCGACCACCCAGCACAUCUCCGCCACCCUCCACGAGCCGACCACCCUCCACGUCUCUGACGCCCAACACGCGCCGACCACCCAGCACAUCUCCGCCACCCUCCACGAGCCGACCACCCUCCACGUCUCUGACGCUCAACACGCGCCGACCACCCAGCACAUCUCCGCCACCCUCCACGAGCCGACCACCCUCCACGUCUCUGACGCCCAACACGCGCCGACCACCCAACACAUCUCCACCAACCACCACGAGCCAACCACCCGCCACUCGUCCACCAUCAACAAGCGAUCACCCUCAACACCUGAGUCGCCCAACACACUGCCACCGUCAGCGGAAUAUUUCCCUGGCAGUGACCCCCUGCUGCAGACAUUGCCCUCUGUGGCCACGGGCCGCCCUCCCAUUGCCUACCCUCUCCCACAGCAGUCCGUUACUCCACGUCCAUUGUCUUGGCUCUUUGUCAACACACCCACCCCAUCUCAGUGGUCACGCCCACUGCCCUCAAAAAGGCCUUACAGACCAUAUACUCAGAACAGACCAAUACAGAGCCCAUUCCGCCCUGUCAACCGCCCACGCCCUCAGCUGCACCGCCCACCAAAGCCUCUAAAACCCCUUUUAUCCUACCUGGAUAUUCCCAGACCGAAACCUUCACUGCAGUCUGGUGCAGCGGACAACUCUGCCUCUCAGACGCCAACUUCAUCGAGUGAUGAAGCCUUGAAGAUCACAUUAUCACAAGAGGAAAAUGUAAGUGUUGAGGCUGUAGAGGAGAGUACAGCGAACACAGUCCUCGUGAACAAGCCCACAAAUAAUCCAAGUCGUCCCGUCAACUGGCCACGACCACAACAACUCCGCCCCUUGAAUCCGCCACAAGAAGGCUCUAAUGAAUCUGAAGGAUCACUGCAGAUAUCACAAGCGAGCCUGUCGGCACCACCUGAUGACCAGAACUCAGGAUCUGACCAAUCACAGUUCAUAGAUAAUUUAAUGUCUCAUCUGCAGAGUGUGUAUGGCUACCCCUUCACCAGUUACCUCAACAACAAACCACCACUGCGUCCCGGGCCCCACCUUGGCCAGGGAACAUUCCAGACGAACCGACCGCUACGGCAGAAGCCAAGUACUAGCCUGAGCCCCCCACCAUUGAGGACUGGUGGUCACUUCGAAGACACUCGGCCUCUAUUACCAUUGCCGUGGACGAGUAGUGUAAUCAAGCUGACAGACCCGUUGCCCUCACCCAGCCAGCCUGUGGUACACACACCCACCCACGAUGGCCAGUUGUUGCCGCCACACCGACCCCAGCAGUUGCCUCUGGACUACGCCUUCAUGGAUGAGGAUUACAGUUCACUAGUUGCAGACUCUGGUGAACCAAUGAACACAGAUGAAAAAGUACAUCUUCAACAAACUCUCCAUCAUAUUUUUAAUGAUCUAAGAAAUCCCACUGUUAAUAAGGUCAUGAAUGGUAACUCCAAUGAACUUGAUUUGCAUACCUUAGAAAGUGUCGCAUCCGAAGCACAUUCCCAGAAAGUUGUGGACAGUUUUCCCCAACGCCAUGAUGUAUCUGACAGACCCCCACCCGGUCAGUACAUGGGUACUGUUGCCUGGAAAGUUCCUGUGAUAGGGCAAGUGGAGAGCGUGAACAGGUACCAGAGCGCAGGUACUGACCAGGAUACCGUCAGUGGCCCGAGCACUGUCCCAAGCCACACCACAGCCAUUGGCCAAGACUCUGGCACUCUCCGUGGUGACACUGUCGUCACUUCAACAGUUAAGAGUAUAUCAGAAGAUGAAGGUACUCAAGAUACCAGCACAAGUACCAAGGACGCGUCAGCAACGACUUUGAUCUCUACAACAGAGCCUCCGUACACUAUCUCUUCUUCCACACUGACGACACCAACGUCUACUGAGGCAGUGUGGCCUUACCUCCCCCAGGAGCCCUCCUCACCGCCACAGCCAGUUUCCUCCACCUUACCUCCACCUCCCCCACCACAAAGUUUCUGGAGUGAGCUGCUCAAUCACUUAUAUAACUUGCCCAACUUGGUGCCAGAGACAAGGCGUCCCACCAUCGACUGA